AUGUCGAUCUCACCGCGGCCCGAGGCACAGCAGUUCCCGCAGGGCAACGAAAGCUCGGAGGACGAACUAGAGCCCACCCGCCCACCACUGGACGGCGACGUGGCCGUUGAAGUGCUUUCCGAUAAACAUCCGUCGCCGACGUCGGCCAGGCGACCAACGUUCCCUCACCGCCUCUCCUCCUCUUCCACCUCUCCAAGCGAGGAAGAAUACGAAAGUGACGUGACUUUCCGUCCCCCACUCGAACGAGAGCGUCUGCGUAGGCUACAACACCCUAUGCAGCCCACGAGCAUCGAGCAUCCACACGACGCCUCAGCUCGCGAUCCUCACGCCCACGACACACCGACCGUCGAGUUCGAGUCUCCCCUCAAAAGAAAGCAUCUACGGCUUGACGACGAAAGGCCACAUGCAUCCAAGCGUCACAGAUUCCAUGUUGAUGAGGACGUGGCAAUGGACCCGCCCAAUAUCGCCUCCGGUCCAGGCUGGUAUGAGCCGGAGAAGGAUCGCAUUGUGGUGACCUCGCUCUCAAGCCCGGAGCCUUCCUCUCGCUCACCGAGCCCCGACCCAGGACCAAGGCGUCCAUACUCCUUCGAAGAGCACAAACACCUCACGCAGCCGGGCGCGGAUGGCUUCACGAUCUCGCCCUCCCUCCUUACGCAUCUCAUGGCGGCGCAGAGCGACCAGUUCACCCCCGCUUACAAUGCUGUACCUGAGCGAGGACUCGUUCUCUAUCGCCCCCUCGGCAUUCCCCCUGCCGAGCAUGUCGUCAAGCAGUGGGAUGAGGAGCCGGGGCGUUUCGAAGAGGUCGACGAUGACGAGGACAUGUCCACCGAGCCGAGCGGAAAUCAGUGGGGCGACGACAUCGCGCAGCAGUGGGAGCAGAACGACGACGCAAUGGACAUUGAAUAG